GUCAGAUAUCCUUUAAUGUCACGUACAGAGUUUGUUUAGUGGAACACGUUCACACAUUAUUUGAUUAGCAAACUAGCAACCAGAUAAUUAUUGGUUAGCACCGUGGACUGUAUAUACUUUGAACCGUCAUGGUAAAGUUAAAGAGGGCCUCACGUAAUUUCGGGAAAUCUUGGAUGACCCACGGCCCGUACAGGAGGUCCCAUGCCGCGGGGAGGAGGAUGCAAACACGGAGUCAAGUCACCGUCAACGCCCGGGACAACAACGAUAACUUCUUCCAACGCCUCCCGUCAGAAGUACUGUACAUUAUACUGGAGAAACUGUCUGUGCUUGAGUUAAGUGUGUUUGGCAUGACAUCUAAGGACAACACCAGUUAUGUCAUGGCCUACAUCUCAUCUCAAAAGUGGACCAACAAGGAGAUCACCCAAAACUUUCAUCUCCCAACCUGCCAGGAGAAGAAAGCCAAUAUCUGCCACUACAGAGAGCUAGGGCUGUUGUUCAAGAGAUGCACACUGCUGCUUCCAACAAAGAAGAGGUUGAAGUUCAUCUUCAGUAGAUUCUCACAGAUUCCUUGUUUUAUGUUGGAGCAUUGCUUUGUUCAAGACUGCCUUGGGUUUGCAUGCCUUGGGGGCUUUCUUCAGACACUGAUCGCGGGAUGGGAUGAGCUGGAGUGCCACAGGGUAUUCAAAUUCCUAUGUGACCUCACUAACAUUCUGUCCAAAACUGAGGCCCUUGUGCACAGCAAACCAGGGGUACACUGCUUCCAGGAGGUGAAACUUCACCUCUUUUACCGUAAUGUCCUGUUAGAUCCCUGGUCAAACCGUCUGGAGUGUCAGUUCUGGUUAAUUGAGCUCCUGAAGCCGUGGCCUAUGGUCAGUCAGGCCCAUCUCCUGCUCCUCCUCUACGGACCACUGCUGCCCGAAGGUACAGUAGGCUGGCAGGAGCUGGUGGAGACGCCGCUCCCUCACAGUGCUCUGUGGGACUUGGCCCGAGCUCUGCUGCUGCUCUUUAGUAAACUGAAAGUCAGAGGCUGGUCUACAUUCUCCAUACUGGCCAUCCUGGAGGAGCUCACUGUAAUUCCUCAGCCAUGGCAUGUGGAGAACGUGGCUCGUCUCUUGUUGCUCUGUGGCAGUCACCUCUGCUACGCUUUUCUAUCCAGCAAAAUUCUCACUGGACGUCUAGAGGAGAUCCCAAGGCUCAUAGUCUACAUAAUACUGGUGUGCGAAAAGGAUGGCUAUAACAUGAACUGGGCUGUGAAGCUGGUGCUGCAGCUCUGCAAAGAUUUCAGGACCGAUCCAGAAAGGUUCUUCUUUCUCCAAACCCUGGAAAACAUGUUCGUAGAGACCACCAGGGACUUCUUUGAGAUUUCUAUUGGAGGGAACUUUGAAGAGGGCAGAGAGAUCUUCCAGACCCUGUACAUCCUGCUUGACUCCAGUGCUCGAUUUCACGCCAAGUUCCUGCACAUGUUCUUCAAAAGACCAGAGAUGUGA